AUGUACUUCCCCUCCUUCGGCGGAUCUUCUGCAGUUCCUUCCGCGGCGCUGCCAAAUGCAAUUCCCAAGAAAGAAGAUGACGGCGAAAGCAUAACAGGAAAAUUCGACCCCUCUGCGCUGGAGAGAGGGGCGAAGGCGCUGAAGGAGCUCGACAGCAGCCCAAAUGCUGCUCGGGCUUUUGAAGUCAUUAAACUGCAGGAGCUUUCGAAGCAAAAGGAACUUCAAAAACAAAUUGAACAGAUAGCAGCAGCAAGAGCGCAGGCGCAAACAGAAAGAACCAAAACUGAAGGCGAAGAGCGCAGAAAGACAAUUGACCAUCAGCAAGAACAAGAAAGAGUCACCGCGCAGUAUAAGGCCAAACUCGAGGCAGAAGCCUACCAGAAGAAGCUGCAGGACCAGCAGCGGCAAAACGAAGAAUGGCUGCGGCAGCAGCACAAACAGUUUUUGCUGCAGGAGGAGCAGCGAAAGAAGACAGAAGCUGAAAUGCUGGAGAUGCGGCGACAGCAGCUGCGGGAAGAAAAGGCUUUGGAGGAAAAGUUGCAAAAAGAGAAAAUUCGCGAAGAGGCAAAAGGCCGCAUUUUGCAAGAAAGAGAAAACAUUGAUGUCCACCUCAGGGCCAUGCGGGCCCGCGCCGCGGAAGAGCGGAAAACAAAACUGGAAAGUUUGGAAAAGACUUUCGGCUCCUUGGGGGCCGCCUUUUCUGCACUGUUGGCGGACAAGGCCAAGUUGACAGCUUUGGUGGGCAGCGUAACGGCCCUCGCCGCCGGCAUUUACGGGGCCAGAGCAGCAGCUUCGAUUGCCGCCCGAUAUGUUGAAAGCAGGAUCGGGAAGCCGCCACUUGUCCGCGAAACCUCCCGCUGGACCUUCUCCGGUGGCCCCUUCUCGCUGCUGCGCCCGUGGCGCCCCCGGGGGGCCCCCCAAACAAAAGAAAAUAUAGUUUUGGAAAAAGAUUUAUUUCAAAAGUUGGAGUUUUCUAAAAACUCCCUUUUGACCACUAAAGCCCACAACAGCCACUUCCGCCACUUGCUGCUGCACGGGCCCCCCGGCACUGGCAAGACCCUCUUUGCCCGCACUUUGGCGCGGGAGUCGGGGAUGGACUACGCAAUAAUGACGGGGGGCGACGUGGGGCCCCUGGGGCCCCUGGGGGCCUCCGAAAUUAAUAAAUUAUUUAAUUGGGCUCAGAAGAGUAGAAAAGGAUUAAUUCUUUUUAUUGAUGAAGCUGACGCUUUCUUGCGGCAGGGGCGUGCUGCAGCAGCAGCAGCAGCAGCAGCAGCAGCGCCUGCUGCAGCAGCAGCAGCAGCAGACAUGAGCGAACACUCCAGAAACGCCCUUUCCGCUUUUCUCCACCACACAGGAACGGAAACCAACAAGUUUUGUCUUAUUCUCGCAACUAAUUGCAAGGAAAUCCUCGACAAACGCUACAAAAUGCUGCAGCAGUUCAUGGACAGGUAUAUCCGCAGCCGCAGCAGCAGCAGCAGCAGCAGCGGCAGCAGCGGCAAGAGCAGCAGCAACAGCAUUGUUGUUGAUGAAAGAAUAAAUGACGAAUUUCUAAAAGAUGUGGCGGACAAGACAGAAGGCUUUUCGGGAAGACAACUUGCAAAACUGGUGCUUGCAAUGCAAGCUGCUGCUUAUGGCUCUGGAACGAACGCGUUGACUUUGGGGCUGGCGGAAGCAGUUUUGAAGUGGCGGCUGAAGUCCCACAACGAGGAGCAGCAGAAGCAGCAGCACUAA